AUGGCUUGGAUCAAUAGCAAACUUUUCUUCACUUCUCUUAUGAUUAUUGUGGCACUUAUUGGGGUUGGAGUAGGAGGAACGGUUCACAAAGUCGGCGACUCGAGCGGAUGGACCAUGAUGGGUGUGGAUUACCAAGCUUGGGCUUCUUCAAGAACUUUUCAAGUAGGAGACUCACUGGUCUUCGAAUACAACAACGAGUUCCACGACGUCACUGAAGUCACUCCCCAUGAUUUCGAGCUAUGCUACUCGUCUAAUCCGUUAGCGAGCAAACUUUUCUUCACUUCUCUUAUUAUUACUGUGGCACUUAUUGGGGUUGGAGUAGGAGGAACGGUUCACAAAGUCGGCGACUCGAGCGGAUGGACCAUGAUGGGUGUGGAUUACCAAGCUUGGGCUUCUUCAAGAACUUUUCAAGUAGGAGACUCACUGGUCUUCGAAUACAACAACGAGUUCCACGACGUCACUGAAGUCAUUCCCCAUGAUUUCGAGCUAUGCUACUCGUCUAAUCCGUUAGCGAGGUACCAAACUGGAUCAGACACGGUAACUCUAACCAAACCUGGAUUUCAAAACUUCAUAUGCGGAGUUCCUGGUCACUGCGACAUAGGACAAAAGCUUCACAUCCUCGUCUUUCCGGCCUCGUUGGGUCCAGUGGCUGCUCCAGUUCCGGGACCAGUCAGAUCACCAAGCUCUUAUAUGUCUCCUUCACCAACCAAUGCUCCACAAUAUCAGAUGGGACCAUCACCUAUUUGA